AUGUACGCCCUCGAACCAACCAGGCCAUGUUGGUAAGAACGUGGGACUUACGUUACUUGUCAGUCAUAUUUUGGAAAGCAGGCACACAGCAUCAACGGAAAACCAACAUGCUGGAAAAGCGCACACAAUGAGGCAACAAAUAAAAGUGGCGAGGGCGAGAACGCAGACAGGCAGGGCAAACAAACUCCCAGACCUAGGCGCCAUGUAUGCAACUUUCGAGUGCAUAAAUACACGUAUACAUCACAGUAUUUCAAUCUUCACAGGUGGCGAGGUUCGUCACGACCCCACAAGAAGGGAGAAGUUGCGACUUGCGCGCGAACUUGUUUAGAGUGACGGAGACUUCGAACGCAUCUACCCCAUCCCCUCCCAACCCACAACGUCAACCACCUCCAGACUGCGAGCUCAAGACGAUCAAAGGUGGGGGUGGGGGUAGCGGCCGACAGGGUUCAACACCUCGUCAACUACAUGCGGCUCGGUCACUAGCUCCACAAACACCAAAUUUGAGUGGGGUUUUGGAUCGCAUGUAAGUGGUUCUGUCGUAAAGGUCAUGUUGAAGAGUCACUGCAUUCUGGCUCCCAUCCCAAAAGAGGACCGCGCUAUCCCGUCAGUCAACAACCGUUCCGGUGCGACGCAUCAUCUCGAUCUUGGUGCAGUUAUAACCGCUAGGUCAGGCAAAUCUAGGUAUUUGCGCAACCUUAGUUCAAACUCUGUACACAACUCAGCAUUUGAAGACUGAAGUCUCAGUUGGGCAAUGUAGAACGACAUAGGCCCGGGCAGCUUGCAAGACAACAUCCCAAUUGCGUCACCUAAGUUCGCAUGCGCCCAGUACGAUAACCAGCUCAUUGCAAUAGGGUACUUAUAUUGGCCACAUAAUUAACGAUAAAGACAACAUCAACUAGUAUAUCCAACCGUCAGGGGAGGCGCUUCUAGUUAGACGUGCGUUAGCAGACCUCAAAAAAGGGCACCAGAACGCAUUGUAAGGGCCGAAAAUGCAGGCUUUUUAAAAGGAAAAAGAUGCAAGCGAGAAAAAGACUGGAUACGUGGUGGCGAGGACUGAGCGUUUUUAUCCUUUGGUGUUUGUAACCGGGCACGUGCCCGGUACUGCGGUACAGAUAUCCACAUGGAUAUUGUCCUCCGAAACCCUAAGUCUAACCUCUGAGUGUUCACCCCCCUUGGUCCCCUCCGGACCUCAGAAUUCAUGUGCGUUCACUGACGCUUCUUGUUUCCUCUUCCCCCAUCUCCAUCUGUCCGUUUAAACAUCGUUCACUUUUUGGACCUUCUUAAAUAAUCGAGGAUUUAUCUGUCUGUUUGAGAUACUGUUUGUCCUGCGAUGUCAAGAUCGAAAACCACCCCUUUAGAAAAGAAGAAAACAUCUACUCUUCCGUCCCAUCUCAUCAUGACAACGGGCACUGCCCCACACCCGAUACCUCCGCCUGCUACGGCAUCAUACGAUCUGGCAGGCGGACUUCACAGCACUUGUUUCUGGCCUAUAGAAACCAAACCAUAAAUAUGGUAUCUCAUUAAGGUUAAUAUUAAUUAAUGCAAGAGGUAAAUAAUGUGCUACAAAUAACUUUAACCAAGUACGGUCGACUUAACCAGAUAUGAUCGACAAGAGAAACCUGCUUUUACGGAAAAUAUUUCUUGAGAUCGACACUACCUACACCACGCCUUGACCGAAAGUGUAAGUGUAACACCCCAGCAGACCUGACGGACAGAAACCCCUUUGUUUUAACGUCACUCACUCUUUUUGUAGAUCGAUCGUGAGGUCUACUCACUCGAGUCGAUCACCGGUGAUGAUCGAUCUGAUAAGUCCAAUCGUUGACAACUUUUCGUUUAUCUGUUUUUGUUGUGCGUUGAUCCUUAUGCGUCUACUGUUUCAUCUUUUCCCAGAUUUUUGAACCGCAUUUUGCGUGUAUCCAUGUACAUAUCGAGUUUCUGAUGUUUUCGUUCAUGACUAUUUUUCUAUCGUUCGUUACCGUUCGUUUUUUGCAAUCGAGUUUCGGCGUCAAUUCACUGACAUAGAUUAUCUCUCACAGCCAAUCAACUGUUUACAUCUUCCACCCAUCGUUUAAUACUCAUUACUUACCUGUGUGUCUGCAACGAAUGCCUGUGUAACGGAUACCUUAGGUGCGAACACUCAGGAGUCGGAGUCCCUUACCAAGAAGCGGAAGUUAUACUCAGAUCCUAUUGAUCCCCGGACUGUUCCUUCACCAAGUCCCCAGGACAUUAUAUUGGUGGCAGCCGGUGAGCGCACCGGCCCUUUCCCCCAUCCACACCCGAACCCACCCACCCAUCCCGCCCAACGGUCUAACGCCCUACACUCCUCCGGACCUAGCCCCCUACUAGCAUCCGAACUAUACGAGCCAGGACAGAACAUCCGAGAAUGGCUCCAAGACCUGUCUCUCCUCCUAGUGAGCGUCCCUCCUCACGAACACGUAUGCUACCUCUUACGCUUUCUGUCACCCCCCGCCCGUAGGCUAGCGUUUAACGCCGGUCUAACCCACACAUCUGACUUCCAAAGGGCCUCUGAAGUUGUCCUGCAACUCUUCGCCAGCCCCGAUGCAUCGGCCAUAGCGAACCAGCGGUUCACCACACUAAGACAACGGCCCGGACAAUCAGUUGAUGACUUCGCCCACAACCUACGACGUCUGGCCGCUGCGGCGUUCGCACAUCUUCCAGAAAGUGAUCGCGACCGGUUCAUUCUACACCAGUUUAUCACCGGCCUUAGGGACCGCACCGCCAGCGGUGUCCUUUUGUUACACCCACCCGCCAGCCUGUCAUCGGCUAUCCAACAAUGUAGGCUCUACGAAGAGUGUUACCCGAGAGCAAAUGGGCCCACACACCGCACCAACAGCCCCACCCGUACGACUUUCCCACUCAACAGACGGUCUUCCGCCUUACCAGUUCGAUUUCUGGACCACAACCCCGGAUGCCCCUAUUGCGCAGCGUUUGGACCCCAAGCUCGGCGAUGUGGACAUAACCAGUCAAGUAAGUCAGCCUUCGUUGCUCCUGCCUACCUGGCUUUAUCAUCCCACCCACUCCCUUUCACAAUACCCGCUACGCUAGACGGUCACAAUAUACCAGCCUUAGUAGACACGAGCGCCAACGUUUCCCUCGUGAAUAGCUCAAACCUCACCCGAGAGUUAUAUGAACAAAUCGAUCACACGAGCGGCCCCCAUACCCUGCGGGCAGCGAACGGCACCCUUAUAACCAUCUUGAGUCGCAUAACCCUAGACCUCACUAUAGACAACACAGAGGUCACAUACCAAUUCCUGGUGACAUCUGAUUGCCCGUGGGCAUUAGUUCUAGGGUUGGAUCUCCUGGCAGACUACGACUGCGUUAUCCACACCAAGAGUCGCCGCCCGUCAAUUCCGGCACACCCAGAUCCUUCCAACCACACACCUCCACAGAACCUCGAUCUGAUAUUUGACGCCGUGGUAGCAGCCGCAACUCUCGAGCCGUCCGAAUUCGACGCGAACCUACCCCCAGCAGAAACAGUCGGGGCAGAGAACCGCAAUAGACUAUGUAAACUUUUACUGUCAUUCCCCGGGUUGUUCACCUGGUCAACCGAUACAAUCGGACGCACCCACAAAGUUCAACACGUUAUUAACACGGGCGACGCCAAACCCAUUUGGCAACCCCCACGCCGAAUACCGGUACGAUUCCGCGCAGAGGUCGACAAAAUCAUAGACGAGCUGCUAAAAGCUAACAUUAUACAGCCGUCUUCCUCUCCAUGAGCAUCACCGAUAGCCUUGGUCCCCAAAAAGACGGCUCUCUCCGUCUCUGCAUAGACUAUCGCCGCCUGAAUGCCGUCACUGUCCGUGAUUUAUUUCCAUUGCCGCGUUUAGACGACACCUUAGAUAGCCUUGGUGGGGCAGCCUGGUUCUCGACCCUGGACCUUAAAUCAGGCUAUUGGCAGGUCGAGAUAGACCCCAAAGACCGCCAGAAGACCGCGUCUAUCGUACCACAAGGGCUAUUCGAGUUCCAGACGCUUCUUUUCGGCCUAUGUAACGCCGCCGCCACCUUCCAACGAUUGAUGUACCAGAUGUUACGACACCUUGUCCCACACAAGUGCCUCGUGUAUCUGAACGACAUCAUCGUGUUUGGACCUGACGUCGAACAACAUAACCGUAAUUUAAGAGAGGUGUUAGAAGCCCUCCGCGCUGCCGACCUGACGUUGAACUCGGCCAAGUGCACGUUCCUACGGCCAGAAGUACAAUUCCUAGGCCAUAAAAUCUCCCCAGGCCGCAUAGCCGCUCUACCGGACCGACUGCAACAGAUUCGCAUCUGGCCGACACCCGCCAACCAGACGCAAUUACGUUGUUUCCUGGGGCUGGCCUCUUACUACCGACGGUGUAUGCGUAAUUUCGCCCACAUUGCCAGGCAAAUCCACAAACUAACAGAGAAGGGUAGAGACUUCAGAUGGCCUCCGGAGUGCGAAGAGGCCUUUACCAGUCUGCGUGCCGCCCUCGUCUCCGCCCCGCUUCUAGCUCUCCCGAACGUUUAUCCUGACGCCCCUCCAUUUAUCCUCGACAGAGACGCCAGCGGCUUUGCCAUUGGUGCAGUUCUGUCACAAACGGACGCUCAGGGCGUUGAACACCCCAUCUGUUUUGCGAUUAACACGCUGACGAAGUCUCAACGGAACUACUGCACGUUCUGCAGAGAACUCUUAGCCAUAAUCACGUUCAUACGGCAGUUCAAACACCUUCUUAUUGGACGCCGUUUCAUACUACGAACGGAUCAUAAAGCCUUGCAGUGGCUCCAGUCCAUUAAAGACCCUAUGGACCAGCUCGCACGUUGGCAAUAG